GAGGGCGACGACGAUGAUGACGACGAAGAAGAGGAAGACGAGGAAGAUGGCGCGUCUGACGCCGAACCUCGAUACCCCUUCGUCGGCGGUUGGUCGGAUGACGCACCACGCAGCAAGCUACAGGGCGACUUUCAACGUCGCCGAGAGAAUCGCAAUGAGCUGGUUGAAACCUUUCGACGCUAUGGGAUGUGGCUUUUGGCGGCGGUAGUCUUGCUGCCUCCGCAAUUGGUUGCACUGGGCUUGGUGGUGACGGCAUUUGUAUACUUGUGCAUAAGACGAGACGGCCGGCAGCGCCGUCACGGCCGACGCAACACCGCAGGAUAG